GUGCCACUUUCAGGUCUCCUCACACUGCUGGUGUGUUCCAUUUUUUGUCAUAGGGUGCUGGCAGAUUACGGGCCUCCCAUAGCUGCUGCCAGGCCCCUAAUCUGCCAUGGGCCCCUAUACCGCCUCCUCAUGCUGCUGCCAAGUCCAGAGUCUCUCAUGGGUCCCUGUACGGCCUCCCAUUGCUGCUGUCUCCAUCGCCACACUCUGCCAUGUGCCACUUUCAGGUCUCCUCACACUGCUGGUGGUUUCCAUUUUUGUCAUAGGGUGCUGUAUGGCCUCCCAUUGCUGCUGCCUCCACCGCCACACUGUGGCUCCACACUCUGGUUUUGGCCCCGUGACUGCCAAAUGAGUGAAGUGUGCGGGUGAUUCUAAGAUCGACGGCACUCAUCUGCAUGUCAUACUG